AUCUGACCUUAGCAACGGUUGCUAUCCGCCAUCUUUGUGACCCAGCGCAACGUCCCCCUGAUCACAACAACAACAGUGUCCCCUACCCUACGCGUUCUUAGCGAUGGUUCUGUGUAUUAUUGUGGGCUGUGGGUCGAGAUCUGACAGAAACUCGGACAGGGAGAAGAUUUCCUUUUUUUCUAUACCGAAAGUUGUUAGCAAUCAGGGCGUGGAGCAUGAGGAGCUGACAGUAGAGCGCCGGAGGCUGUGGAUAGCGGCGAUCAGCCGCGGAGACACGACGACAAAAGACAUCCUUCAGACAGAACGUGUAUGUGGCCGUCAUUUUGUGUCUGGGAGGGCUGCUCCCGUGUGGGACAGGUAUAAUGUGGACUGGACCCCCACACUGAACCUUGGAAGGAAAGAAUACGCGUACGUAGAAGAAGGGACAAAGGAAAAGCUACAGAAGAAGGUAGGAGAGAGGGCUGUACGGGCUAAAGAACGCACGAAGCGAGGCGCUGAACAGCGGGUAGAGGCUGCAGCGAAGAGGACGCCGCAAAAUCCCACUGGGUACCGUUUGCAAGAUAUCGAUUUGACCAAAGUUGAAGAUGUGCCCCUAGACGUGGAAAUGGCUGACCUUACGAUAUCAAGUGAGGAGCCAGGGCCUGUUGAAACACUGACAACUGAGUUGCCGUAUGUGUUUAGCAGUAAGCCAGUUAGCCGAGAGUCUAAGACAUCCGAAACACAGCGAGAGUCUAAGACAUCUGAAACACAGCGAGAGUCGAAGACUUCCGAAACACAGGGAGAGUCGAAGACAUCCGGAACACAGACAGACGAGUUCCAGUACAUGUUUGGUGAGCCAUGUUAUCAAGCCCCAAACAAAGACUUUUACAAGUCAGAUGAGAAGGUUAGAUUUUAUACCGGUCUGCCUUCAUAUGAAGUUCUUAUGGUUAUUUUUGACCACGUAGCUCCAUUUGUUACACGCAAAAGUCAGAGUCUGGAUAGUUUCCAGGAGCUCAUGAUAGUUCUCAUAAAGCUAAGACUUAAUGUACCAUUACAAGAUUUGGCAUACACAUUUCAGGUAUCCCUUGCCACUGUAUCGCGCAUAUUUAGCACAUGGAUAGUAGCUCUAGAUACUAGACUGUCAUGUUUUGUUUCCUGGCCCGAAAGAGAGGAUUUGUGGAGGACUAUGCCUAUGUGCUUCCAGUAUGCAUUUGGGCGGAAAGUGACUGUUAUCAUUGACUGCUUUGAGGUGUUCAUUGCAAAGCCUACAAACCUCCUGGCCCGAGCACAGACAUUCUCGAAUUACAAGCAGCACAAUACUAUUAAAGUUCUCAUUGGUAUCACACCUCAAGGAUCAAUCUCGUUUGUGUCAGAGGCUUGGGGUGGACGCACGUCAGACAAGUUUCUGACAGAGAACUGUGGGUUCUUAGACAAGCUGCUACCAGGUGACACAGUGCUGGCUGAUAGAGGAUUUACCAUUGAUGAAAGUGUUGGACUGAAACAGGGAAAGCUUGUAAUCCCUGCUUUCACAAAGGGAAAGGCUCAGCUAGAUCCAAUAGAUGUGGAGAAAUCAAGGGGUAUUGCUAGUGUAAGAAUACAUGUCGAGCGAGUGAUUGGUUUAUUGCGCAGGAAGUACACUUUCUUACAAGGAACUAUUCCCACAGACUACUUGGUUUGUCGUGAGUCUGAAGUACCAUUGAUUGACAGAAUCAUCAGAGUAUGCUCAGCACUUGUUAACUUCUGUCCUCCGAUUGUACCAUUUGACUAGGUGCCCUCUCAUUCUGUUUUAAGCAGAAAGGGAAAUAUAACUGUUUACAUGAUGUAUGGACAUUAUUACUAUCAGUCAUUACUUCCUGC